GCGUCCUCUGGUUUUUGAAAAAAAUGGCGCCAAACGAAAACUAGAAACACACCAGAUUCAACAUUCCCGCCAUGGAUGCUCGUCAAUAUCACAUACUCACAUUCCAUCGUUCACAAACCACACUAACAAAUUAACAACAUCGAUCGUUACCUUCAUCACCUGAAAUGGAUCUACCGGACAUUGCAAGGAAGUUACAACUCUCUGAACCCAAACAAAUCGUCCGCAAAGCCGCCGAGCUCCGUCGCAUGUCCGAUCUUCAAUUCGAUUCAUCCAGUGCCGGAAUCGGAGAGAUUUGCAAAGCGAUAAUCUGUCUCGAGAUUGCUGCUAAUAUGAAGCAAGUUUUAUUUGAUCGCCAGACUGCGAUUAGGUUGAGCGGGAUGUCCGAGAAGGCUUACAUUCGAUCGUUCAACGUAAUGCAAAACGGAAUCGGUGUCAAGAAUACACUUGAUGUUAAGGAACUGGCUAUUCAAUUUGGAUGUGUUAGGCUUAUUCCUCUUGUUAAAAAAUGCUUAUCACUAUACAAAGAACGGUUUAUUGCAUCGUUGCCUCCUUCACGUCGAGCUAGCGCUGACUUCACGCGACCAGUGUUUACAGCCGCAGGGUUUUACUUGUGUGCCAAAAAACAUAAGCUCAAGGUUGACAAGAAUAAGUUGAUUGAGCUUUCUGGCACAUCUGAAGACGAGUUUUCAAGUGUGUCUACUUCUAUGAAAGACCUUUGUCAUGAUGUUUUCGGUGUGGCUAAGGAAAAGAAGGAUCCGAAAUCUGUGAAAGUAAACCGAGAUUUGUUGGAUGUUUUACCCGAGAAACGACAAGCUGAGGAUGGUGGUUAUUCAUCUGACGAAAGCGAAGAUCGUUCGGCCUGCAAGAAGCGUAAGCGUGAAGAGAACCACAAAUAUGAAGAAUGGAAAUCUUCGGUCAUAGAAUCCAAUAAGCAAAGCAUGGAUAAAGUUGCGGUUAAAAAGACGAAGCAAUCAAACCUCAACUUUUUCAAGAGAGUUCCGGGAACCGAAGUUGGAGUGUAAGCUUGUGCUCAUGUUGUCUCAAUAUGUUAAGCAACAAAGUUUUGUGGAUAUGCAUUCCAACAACUUAAUGUACAGAAUCUAAGUUUUUAUUGGCCUCAAAUUCUAAAAAAAAAAAUGGAAAUGCAAGAAAUUUAGUUCAUAUAA